AUGGUGGACGAAGGGGCUGUAGCUGUCUGCGUGCGGGUCAGGCCGCUCAACAGCAGAGAAGAAGCACUUGGAGACGAUACCCAGGUUUACUGGAAGACAGACAAGAAUACAGUUUAUCAAGUUGAUGGGAGUAAAUCCUUCAAUUUUGAUCGAGUCUUUCAUAGUAAUGAAACUACUAAAAAUGUGUAUGAAGAAAUAGCAGUACCAAUUAUAGAGUCUGCCAUACAAGGCUACAACGGGACUAUAUUUGCCUAUGGACAGACUGCUUCAGGAAAAACAUAUACUAUGAUGGGUUCACAAGAUUACUUGGGAGUAAUACCCAGGGCAAUUCAUGACAUUUUCCAAAAAAUUACAGAGUUUCCUGAUAGGGAAUUUCUCUUACGCGUAUCUUACAUGGAGAUAUACAAUGAAACCAUUACAGAUUUACUCUGUGACACUCGGAAAAUGAAACCUUUAAUAAUUCGAGAAGACUUCAAUAGGAAUGUAUAUGUGUCCGAUCUCACAGAAGAAGUGGUGUAUACAUCAGAAAUGGCUUUGAAGUGGAUCACAAAGGGAGAAAAAAAUAGGCAUUAUGGGAUAACAAAAAUGAAUCAAAGAAGCAGCCGUUCUCAUACCAUCUUUAGAAUGAUUUUGGAAAGUAGAGAGAAGGGUGAACCUUCUAACUGUGAAGGCUCUGUUAAAGUGUCCCAUUUGAAUUUGGUAGAUCUUGCUGGCAGUGAAAGAGCUGCUCAAACAGGAGCUGAAGGUGUGCGACUCAAGGAAGGCUGUAAUAUAAAUCGAAGCUUAUUUAUCUUGGGGCAAGUGAUCAAGAAACUGAGUGAUGGACAAGUUGGUGGCUUCAUAAAUUAUCGAGAUAGCAAAUUAACACGAAUUCUCCAGAAUUCCUUGGGAGGAAAUGCGAAAACACGCAUUAUCUGCACUAUUACUCCAGUGUCCUUUGAUGAAACCCUUACUACUCUGCAGUUUGCCAGCACUGCUAAAUAUAUGAAAAACACUCCUUAUGUUAAUGAGGUAUCAAGUGAUGAAGCGCUCCUGAAAAGAUACAGAAAAGAAAUAAUGGAUCUUAAAAAACAAUUAGAGGAGGUUUCUUCAGAGACUCGGGCUCAGGCAAUGGAGAAAGACCAACUGGCCCAACUUUUGGAAGAAAAAGACUUGCUUCAAAAAGUACAAAUAGAAAAAAUUCAAAAUCUAACACAAAUGCUAGUAACCUCUUCUUCCCUCACAUCACACCAGGAAUUAAAGGCUAAAAAAAAGCGAAGAGUUACAUGGUGUGUUGGCAAAAACAACAAAAUGAAGGAUUCAAACUUUGUAAAUGAAUUUAAUAUGACAAAUAUAGCACCCAAAGCACGCAAGUCUGCUAUAACUGUACUAGGAGAAAUUGAUGAAUCACUCUGUUCAGAGGCUGAUGUUUUCAGUAACACUCUCGAUACAAUAACUGAGACAGAGUGGAAUCCAGCAACAACGCUUCUAAGUCAGGAAAUGUUAGAAAGUGAGUUGAACUCACUCCGUACUAACUAUGAUAGUCUGGUGUUAGACUAUGAACAACUAAGAAGAGAAAAGGAAGAAAUGGAAUUGAAAUUAAAAGAAAAGAAUGAUUUAGAUGAAUUUGAGGCUCUAGAGAGAAAAACCAAAAAAGAUCAAGAGAUGCAACUAAUUCAUGAAAUUUCCAACUUAAAGAAUUUAGUUAAACAUUCAGAAGUAUAUAACCAAGAUCUUGAGAAUGAACUAAGCUCAAAAGUAGAGCUACUUAGAGACAAGGAAGACCAGAUUAAGGAGCUACAGAAAUAUAUAGACUCACAGAAAUCAGAAAAUAUAAAAAUGGACAUGUCAUAUUCAGUGGAAAACAUUGAAGAACUUAAACAAAUGAAACAGACUCUAUUUGAUGCUGAAACUGUAACCCUUGAUGCCAAGAAAGAAUCAGCCUUACUUAGAAGUGAAAAUCUAGAACUGAAAGAAAAAAUGAAAGAACUUGUAAAUACCUGCAAGCAAAUGGAAAAUGAUAGUCAGGUAUUUCGAAGCCAGUUGGAGGCAAAAAAGAAAAUGCAAGUUGACCUAGAGAAAGAGUUACAAUAUGCUUUUAAUGAAAUAACAAAAUUGACCUCCCUCAUAGAUGGCAAAGUUCCAAAAGAUUUGCUCUGUAACUUAGAAUUAGAAAGAAGAACUACUGAUCUCCAGAAAGAACUGAAUAAAGAAGUAGAGGAAAACAUAGCUCUGCGUAAAGAACUUAAUUUGCUCUCAGAAUUGAACUCUGAAGUAGAAAUGCUAAGGAAAGAGAUACAUGAUAAGUCUGAAGAGUUCAAUAUAUUGACAUCAGAAAAAGACAAACUUUUUUCUGAAGUAGCUGAUAAGGAAUGUAUAAUUCAAGGUUUACUUGAAGAAAUUGGUAAAACUAAAGAUGACCUAGCAACUACCCAGUUGAAUUAUAAAAGCAUUGAUCAAGAAUUCCAAGAUUUUAAAAAUCAUCAUAUGGACUUUGAGGAAAAGUAUCAUCUGGCCCUUGAGGAGAAUACAAAACUGAAUCAGGAAAUAGGAACUCUGUCUAAAGAAGCUCAAAAACUUGAUUUAAGUUUGAAUGAUGUAAAGAUAGAGCUGUCUCACAAAACCCAAGAACUUCAGCAGAAGACAACUGAGGGUCAAGAAAGAAUAAAUGAAAUGGAAGUGCUGAAGGAAGAAUUAGAAAACAGGAAUUCUAGGCUACAAACUGUAGAAAAGGAGAAAACAUUGAUCACUGAGAAACUUCAACAAACCUUAGAAGAAGUAAGAACCUUAACCCAAGAAAAAGAUGACCUAAAACAAGUCCAAGAGAACCUGCAAAUUGAGAGAGACCAACUCAAAAGUGAUAUCCAGGAUACUAUUCACCUGAACAUAGACACACAAGAACAAUUACGAAAUGCUCUUGAAUCUUUAAAACAACACCAAGAAACAAUCAACACACUGAAAAUGAAAAUUUCUGAAGUAACUUGUAAGAAUUUACCUGUAGAAGGAAAUAUAGGAGAAAGUAUGGUUGAGAUUCAGGUAAAGGGUGUUUCUUUUGGAACGGAUACAAAACAGAAUUCUAAAACAAAAGAUUCCCAAAUAUUAAUUGCAGAUGUUGGGGAUAAUGAACUAAUUGAGCAACAGAAGAUGUUUUCUCUAAUGCAAGAGAAAAAUGAACUCCAACAAAUGUUAGAGAUUAUUACAUUAGAAAAGGAACAAUUGAAGACUGACCUAAAGGAAAAUAUUGAAAUGACCAUUGAAAACCAGGAAGAAUUAAGAAUUCUUGGAAAUGAACUUAAAAAGCAACAGGAGAUAGUGGCACAAGAAAAACACCAGACAGUUAAAAAAGAAGAAGAGCUUUCAAGGACCUGUGAGAGACUGGCAGAAGCUGAAGAAAAUCUAAAGGAAAAGAGUCAACAACUUGAAGAAAAGCAACAACAACUUCUUAGUCUAAGAGAAGAGAUGAGCGAGAUGCAAACAAAAAUAAAUGAAAUGGAGAAUUUAAAGACUGAACUGAAGAACACAGGAUUAACAUUGGAACAUACAGAAAGGGAAAAACUUGAAUUGACUCAGAAACUUCAGGAAAAUAAUGAAGAAAUGAAAUCUAUAACCAAAGAAAGAAACGAUCUAAGAAAAUUACAGGAGUUGUUUGAAAGAGAGGGGGAUCUACUUAAAGGAUACAUAAGAGAAAUUGAAACUACGGACAUGGAAACAAAAGAAGAAUUAAAACUUGUUCACAUAAAUCUGAAAGAAUAUCAAGAAACUAUUGACAAACUAAGAAGAAAUGUUUCUGAAAAGACAGCUCAAAUAGAAGAUAGUCAGAAGAAUGUAGAAGAAAGAUCCAAUGAUGAAUUACAAGGAAAGAGUCUCGGACUUCAUGUGGAACAGGAGUCAAUUCGCAAUGUGAAAGAAGUCCAUGAGAUUCAGGAAACAGAUGAACUGGAUCAAUGGGAAGGACAAUUCAAAGCUAAGGAUUCAACACCUACAAGUAUAGAAAGGGAAACUUCAUUGAUUGCAAAACUUCAAGACAGUUGGGAAGAAAUAAAAUCUAUAACUAAGGAAAGAGAUGAUCUUAAAACUAUAAAAGAAGCACUUCAAGUUGAACAUGACCAGCUGAAAGAAUACAUAAAAGUAACUUUAGCUAAAAUUGAAGAGGCUCAAGACAAACAAGAAAAGUCCUUCAAUAUGAGUGAAAAAGACAAUGAAACUAUGAAAAUGAUAAGUGAGAUGGAGCAAUUGAAGGAACAGUUCAACACCAAAAUAGAAAUGGAAAAACUCAAGCUAUCUGAAAUGCUUCAAGAAAGUCAAAAUGAAAUGAAAUCUGUUGCUAAAGAGAGAGAUGACCUAAAGAGGAUGCAAAAAAUUCUUCAAUCUGAAAGUGACCAACUCAAAAAAACCAUAGGAGAACUUACCGCCAAACACUUGGAAACUGAAGAGGAACUUAAAGUUGCUCAUUUUUACCUGAAAGAACAGAGGGAAACUAUUGAUAAAUUGAGAGUGAAUGUUUCAGAACGGGAAACUGAAAUGGCAAGCAUUUAUAAGGAAUUAGAAACAGCCAACGGUGAAUCACAGAAAAAGAUCCAAGAGCUUUAUGAGAAACAGGAACAACUUCUAACUACAAAAGAAAUUAGUGUAACUCAGGAAAAAGUGAGUGAACUAGAUCAAACCAUGAAGCAUCCCAAAGCCAAAGACUCAACACUACAAAGUGUAGAGAUUGAAAGGCUCAAGGUGGCUGAUAAACUCCAGGGAAGUGAAGAAGAAAUAAAAAUUAUAAUUAUGGAACGAGAUGAUCUGAAAAGGGUGCAGGAGGCCCUUCAAAUGGAGAGAGACCAACUUAAAGAAAGCAUUAGUGAAAUUGUAGCCAAAAUCCAAGAACUUCAGGUGAAAGAGCAACAACUUCUUAAGGUAAAAAAUGACCUCCAGGAAAAUAUGUACCAGAUAGAACAGUUGAAGAAGCAAUCAGAAACCCAGAAUUCAAUUCUGGAAAGUAUAGAAAUGGAAAAGUUAAAGUUGACUCAGCAACUUCAUGAAACCCUUGACGAAGUGAGGUCUGUAACUAAGGAAAGAGAUUACCUAAGAAGUGUGGAAGGGGUCCUUAAAAUGGAGCGGGACCAGCUCAGGGAAAGCCUCCAAGAAACAGAAGCUAAAGUGAGAUCUCUAGAAAAACAAGAAGAACUAAAAAUUGUUCACAGGUAUCUGAACGUCCAAGAACUUAAGGCUAAUGAACACCAACUUCAUCAAUUAAAAGAAGAUAUCGGUGAGACACAGAACAAAAUGUGUGAAAUAGAAAGGUUGAAGAAACAACUGAAGACCCAAAGUUCAACUCUGGAUAAACUAGAAAUGGAGAAUUUAAAUUUGGCUCAGAAACUUCAUGAAAAUCUUGAAGAAAACAAAUCAGUGAUGAAAGAAAGAGAUAAUCUAAAGAGAGUAGAAGACACCCUCAAAUUAGAAAGAGACCAGCUCAAGGAAAACCUACAGAAAACUAUAGCCAGAGAUCUAGAAACACAACAGGAACUAAAAAUUGCUCGCAUGCAUUUAAAAGAAUACCAGAAAACUGCUGAUAAAUUCAAAGAGAAAGUUUCAGAACAGACAGCCCAAAUUUCAAAUAUUCAAAAGGAUUUAAAUAAAUCAAAAGAUGAAUUACAGAAAAAGAUUCAAGAACUUCAGCAAAAUGAGAUUCAACGUCUUAAAUUGAAAGAUGUCAAUAAUACUCAGGAAAAAAUGAAUGAACUGGAACAAUUGAAGAAGCAACUUGAGGCCCCGAAUUUAUCUCUGCAUAGUUUGGAAAUGAAAAACUUGCAUUUGACUAAGAAACGUCAUGUAAACCAAGAAGAAAUAAGAAUUAUAGCUAAGGAAAGAGAUGAGCUGAUGAGAAUAAAAGGUUCUCUCAAAAUGGAGAGAAGCCCUUUUGGAGAAAUUAUAGUGAGAGACCAACAGAACCACAAAGAAAUUAUAAAAUAUGAAAAAAGUUCACUGUGUGAUGGAAAACAGAAGCUUACAGAGACCCUCAGAGAAAAAUGCUUCAGGGUAAAAGAGCUUCUGAAGAAAUACUCAGAGAUAAUUAAUUGUUAUGAGUUCUUGAAUACAUUGUCUCUUGAUUUGGAAAAGGAAAUUGAAAACCAAAAAGAGAUUUUGAUUAGAAUAAAAGCAAAACUCUCACUUCCGUGUUCACAAACCAAACAGAUUCAAAAACUUCUCGCUGUUAACCAAAGAUGUUCCACAGAAUUCCAUAGAGUCAUGGAGAAACUUAAGUAUGUGUUAAGCCUUGUUACAAAGAUAAAGGAAGAACACCAUGAAGCCAUCAAUAAAUUUGAAAUGGAUUUUAUUGAUGAAGUGGAAAAGCAAAAUGAACUCAUUAUUAAAAUACAAAACCUUCAACAAGAUUGUGACAUACCAUCCAAUGAAGUAAGGGACCUCAAAUUGUGCCAGCUUAUAGAUCUACAUAUUGAGGAAAUUCUCAAAGAUGUCUCAGAACAUGACUUCCUCAGCAUAAAGACUGAAUUUCAGCAAGUAAUAGAUAAGAGGAAAGAAAUGACUCAAGUUUUGAAAGAGUGGUUAAAUACUCAUUUUGAUAUAGAAAAGCUUCAAAAUGACAUCCAGAAAGAAAAUGAUAGGAUGUGUCAAGUGAAUAACUUCUAUAAUAACAAAAUAAUUGCCAUAAUGAAUGAAUCAACAGAGUUUGAAGAAAGAAGUGCUGCCAUAUCCAAAGAAUGGGAACAUGACUUGAGAUCAAUGAAAGAGGAAAGUGAAAAAAUGUUUAAAAACUACCAAACUUGGAAGGCCUCUUUGACAUCCAGUGCCAUUGUUACAUGUACUGCUACAAAAGAUAUUAAGGAUCCUCAUGUUACUUCAAAAACUACACAACUAACUACAGAAAAAAUUCAAGAGCUAGAAACUUCACUACGGGAAGCUAAAGAAAAUGCUAAGUAUAAGGAAAGCAAGAUUAUAAAGAUGCAGAAAGAACUUGAGAUGACUCAUUAUAUGAUAGCAAAACUUCAAGCAAAAGUUGAUGAAUCAAAUAAAACCCUUGAAAAAACAAAAGAAAUUAUCCACGUACUCCAGGACAAAGUUGCAUUAGGAGCUGAGCCCUAUAAAGAAGAAAUUGAAGAUCUCAAAACAAAACUGGUGAAAACAGACUUAGAAAAGAUGAAAACUGCCAAGGAGUUUGAAAAAGAAAUUACUUUGACAAAAGCCACUGUCGAAUAUCAAAAAGAUGUUAUAAGGCUAUUAAAAGAAAAUCUUAGAAGAAGCCAACAGGUACAAGAAACCUCAAUGGUAUCAGAAAAUGUUGAUUCUCAGCCUUUAAAUAAAGUCAUAACCUGUGGAGGUGGCAGCGGCAUUGUGCAAAGCACAAAAGCUCUAAUUUUGAAAAGUGAACAUAUGAAGCUAGAAAACGAAGUCUCUAAGUUAAAGCAGAAAAAUGAACAACUAAUAAAGCAACAGAAUGAACUGUUAAGCAACAAUCGUCGUCUUUCUAAAGAGAUCAAAACAUGGAAGGAAAGAACCAUUAAAAGAGAAGCUCAUAAAGAAUUGACCUGUGAGAAUUCCCCAAAGUCUCCUAAACUGACUGGGACACCUUCUAAAAAUAGACAACACUUGCCUUCACAAUGUAAGGAACGAAAUUUGCAAGAUCCUGUGCCAAAGGAAUCGCCGAAGUCUUGGUUUUUUGAUAGCCGAUCAAAGUCUUUACCAACAUCUUACCCAGUUCGCUAUUUUGAUAACUCAAGUUUAGGCCUUUGCCCAGAGGAACACACGGUGGGAGCAGAAAAUGUGGACCCUGAGCCAGAGCUGCCAUGGCAUACCUCUUCCGGAAAAGAUGUGCCUGAUUGUAAAACCCAGUAG